AUGACAGAGGUCUUUUUGCCCGUCAACUUCCCCCAAGAGGAUGUCAAACCCAAAUCAGUGGUCGCAACAACAACGACAGAGCUUCAACGCGAGAAUGGCCAUCCGGCAACUUCUGAUGUCGAUGCCAGGCUGCAAAAGUACGCGACCGAGAGUAAGAAACGUUUCAGGUCGGACGGGAAUGCUCAGUUUAUCGACCUUGCCACGUCAGACGUCUAUCGCAACUUCUCGGAAGACAUCUGGGCUAGAGAGGUCACUGACGACCCUGGUGUGAAUUCCGUCACGGAUGGUUCACGCUGCGAGAUUCUGAUUCUCGGGGCAGGAUACGGAGGGUUGCUGGUUGCGGCUCGACUCAUCCAGUCGGGAGUAGACGUCAACGACAUCCGCAUGGUAGACGCUGCAGGAGGCUAUGGGGGAGUCUGGUGGUAUAACCGCUACCCGGGCCUCAUGUGCGACGUGGAAAGCCACAUCUACCUGCCGCUCCUGGAAGAGCUUGAUUACAUGCCAAAGAACAAGUAUUCCUACGGCACCGAGCUGAGAGAGCAUGCCAGGGCCGUGGCGCAACAUUUCAAUCUCUUGGACAAGACUCUAUUCCAGGUAAAAGUCAUCAGCACGGCAUGGAAUGAAGUCACAAAAGAGUGGACCACCAAGCUCCAAUCCACGCGAAAGGGACACGAAGGAUUUCUGAAUGUCCAGUCGCGCUUGACCAUCGCGGCCGGUGGCAAUCUCAACUGGCCGAAGAUUCCCAGGAUACCGGGCCUGGACAAGUUCAGACCAAAGGCCUUUCACACGUCCCGCUGGGACUGGGACUAUACUGGCGGAUCCGAACUUGAUCCUCAGCUCGUUAACCUGAAGGACAAACGAGUCGCCAUCAUUGGCACCGGCGCGACUGCCGUGCAAGCCAUACCUCACCUAGCACGGUGGGCCAAGCACUUGUACGUCUUCCAGCGAACUCCUUCGGCGGUGGACGUGCGCGGCCAGUCCGAGACCGACAGAGCUUGGUUCGAGAAGGAGGUGCGCAGAAAACCCGGCUGGCAGAGGGAGAGGAUGAUGAAUUUCUGCGCCUUUCUCGCCAACGCAACACCUCGACCAGAAGUCGACAUGGUCGCGGACGCUUGGACGAAAUUCCCUACCUACUCGAGCCUCACGGGUGGACCGAAUGUGCCGCGGACGGCAGAGGAUGUUCCCUCUUACGUCGCAAGGAUGAACGAGAUAGACGUCCAGAGACAAGAAAAGAUCCGGGCCCGAGUCGACGAAAUCGUCAAAGAUAAAGCCACGGCAGAGAAGCUCAAGGCCUGGUAUCCCGGAUGGUGCAAACGCCCAUGCUUUCACGACGAGUACCUCGACACCUUCAACCUGCCCAACGUCACCCUUGUUGACACUGACGGCCGUGGGGUGGAUAGUUUCUCGGAGAAUGGACUGGUGUUCCGAGGAGAAGAGUACCAAGUCGAUCUUCUCGUGUUCAGCACCGGCUACGAGGUCGCGCUGAACACGAGCCCUGCAAGUCGCGCUCACAUGGAGAUCUACGGCCGGGACGGUCUGUCGCUGAACGACAAAUGGCGACGUGGAGCUGCCACGCUCCAUGGUGUCCAGAGCCACGGGUUUCCCAACAUGUUCUUCAUUGGACUGACUCAAAUCGGACUCACUCCCAACAUCACAGUGAUCAUGGACUAUUUGUCCGAGCAUAUCGCCUCCAUUCUCGUCGAUGCCGCCGCCAAGGCCAAAUCACAACUCAACGAGGCUGCCUCGAAGACAAAAUAUCCUUUUGUCGUCGAAACCACCGCCGAGGCAGAAGAAGAUUGGACGCAGCAAAUCGCCGCUGGUGCGUACGUCUAUGCAACGAUGGCCCAGUGUCCACCGAGCUACUUCAACGGCGAGGGAGAGGCUCUGCGCAUCGCCGCCGAGGGAGUUGAAUCCCAGCGGAAACUGGCGAGACUGGGCGCUUGGGCGCGAGGGUUUGACGACUUUGUCCAAGUCCUUCGGCGGUGGAGAGAGCCACAUGACCUUAAAGGCCUGACGGUGACGGCCAUCUGA